UCCAUUUAUCACAAGUUGGCUGUUAUAAAGUUUCCAAACUGACCAAAGACCAACGAAUGACUUCUGAAGAAGGGUGGAUUUAUUUGUAGUUUAGUUAAACAAUAAUUUGCCCCGUCAGUGAUAUGGUUUGAAUGCUGCCUGAACGUUCCGUGAACGUUAUAGUUCCGUGUGUGCGAUAAUAGGGCAACCCAUUUUCCUUGUUUUUUUUUUAUAGAAUAAACACAAUAUGAAGAAGUUUCAACAGAGGGCUUAUAAGCGUAGAUGGGCUGCCACAACUAGGCAUUUGAAGAAGCAAUGCCGACAGUCAACUUUAGAAUUAGAGAGUGAUGAUAGCGAGCAAGAGAAUGACACGACAUCAACUCCAGAAACAGUGACAAAGUACAUGGAUGCUGCAGAGACUGCUUCCUGCACUGCCGCGGGUGCUGACAAUGCCACCUACAGUGGCCCUGAUAGUGAUGAGCCUGAUGAAAAUGAUGCUGAUUGGAGACUAAUCGACCAUCAUGUCACCUUGUCAUCUGAUUCAGAAAAUGAGAGUGAUAGUGACUGCUUUGAAGAUCAUUUGAGUUUGUGGGCAACCGAAUAUAAUGUCAAACAUAAUGCAUUGGACAGCCUUUUGAAGAUACUCAAGAAAUUUGGCCACCCUGAUUUACCCAGCACUGCACGCACCAUACUGAACACAGCUAGAGAGGUAAAAACACAGGUUAAAUCUGGAAUGGAAUAUUACUACUUAGGACUGGGCAGUGAACUACUAAAACAUUUCAAGAUGUACCCGCUGCACAAGAGGACUCAAGUCAAUGCACUCGAAAUAUCGUUGAACAUAGAUGGCCUGCCACUCUUCAGAAGCUCCGGUAAGACACUAUGGCCUGUACUCUGUGCUAUUGUUAACAUGAAGCCAACUGUCGUCUUUCCAGUGGCGUUGACCUGCGGAACUUCAAUGCCCAUUGACUUAGACUUUCUGAUGGAUACCAUUCUUGAUAUUAAGACGGUUUUGCAGCAUGGCCUACAUGAUGGCUACUCUGGCUGUGACAAAUGUUGUCAGCGAGGCGAAUAUUUUGGGAGGAUUACCUACCAAGAAAUCGAGAACCUGGUUCCACGGACAGAUGCCUCAUUUCGCAGUCAGACUUAUGCAGAACACCACUAUGAUGGUGAUCCAUCCCCAUUCUGCCAGUUACCUAUUGAUAUGGUGAAAACCUUCCCAGUAGAUUACAUGCACCAGGUGUGCUUAGGCACCAUGAAGAGGCUUCUCCUUGUCUGGAUUAGAGGUAAAAGAGAGGUUAAACAUUCAGCAGAUCAAAUUCAACAAAUUAGUGAUAGGCUGGAAGGAAUGAGAACCACAUUCCCAUCUACAUUCGCCAGGAAACCACGGUCACUAAAAGAAAUUGACAGAUGGAAAGCCACUGAGUAUAGACAGUUCCUGUUGUACACAGGAAAAGUGGUCCUUCGUGGAAUUCUUAGACCAGAUCUUUAUGAUAAUUUCAUGACACUGAGUGUUGCUGUGUCAAUACUUGUGGCACCCAAGCUUGCUGAAACUCACAUGAUAGAUUAUGCUCACCAACUCCUUGUCCACUUUGUUACACAAGCUCGCAAUCUGUAUGGCGUUGAGUUUCUAGUAUACAACGUGCACUCUUCACUUCACUUAGCUGAUGAAGUGAGGGAGCAUGGAUCAUUGGAUGCAUGUGCAGCUUUCCCUUUCGAGAACUUCAUGCACAAAAUGAAGAAACUUGUGAGAUCAGGAAAAAGGCCCUUGGCACAAGUUGUCAAACGGCUUAGUGAAAGGAGCAAGAAAACAGCUUGAACUGAAGGACAGUCCAAAAGUGUGUACGAAACCACCAAAUAAUGCUUAUGUACUGGAAGAUGGGACAUGUUGUGAAGUAACUUCUGCUGAACAAAGGGACUUCUUCUUGUGCCGAGUCUAUUAAUGUCCUGAAGCUCUCUUCAUUGAACCCUGUGACUCUAGGGUCCUUAGAGUGUACAGAGUACAUAGGAGGUACACACGCAUGCGAGUCCUUUCGGCAGAACGCCUCAGAACCAGUGCCAUCAAACUGGACGAAGAUGAAACGGGCCAUAGCAUAUUCAUGGGGAUACUGCAUGAAUUUUGAACAGAUCA